AAGAGUUCUCACUUCUGCAAUUGCUACAUUAGUACAUGCUUUUCAAGUACAUAAUGUGCUCUGUAUAAAAAAAGUCUAAGGUGUGUACAGUGAAUAUUAAUUGGUAAUCAAAUACUUGAAAUAAGGUUUUAUUUUCCUCUCUACAAUUUUUCAGAAUAUUUAAGAAAAAUGCCUUUUGCAUUUAUCUCUUAGGAAAAGACCAUCUAUGCUGUCUACUUUGUGCAGAGAAUAGGUAUGGCUUGUAAAAUCUGGCUUCUUCUAAAGUUGUCUUCUCUCUUAAAAAGGUGUAAGAAAUCCAAUCUAGAGGUGCUCUGAAAAAUACCUAUUUUGCCACUGAAUUUUAGAUAAUGCUUUAGGUCUACUGGCUUGACGACUACUACUGUGUUCUAAGCUUGUCUUCCAAAAGUUUAUACCUAUGAAAUACUUAACAGCUACCCAAGAGCUUUGGGAGUAGCUGUCUUCUGUUUAAGCCACAGGUAGGAGGCUGCUUCAGAUUUGCACAGAAUGCCUUACUUGUUCUGUAUGCAUUUGAGUUGCAUGUUGUGGGACAAAUUUCCCAUGAAAUAUUUAAGUUUUUAACAUCAAAAAAAUCUUCCUUUAGUAUCACAGCAAACACUUUCUCAUGGCCAUCUAGCUAAGACAAAGGAAUGGCUGUUUACACCAUUCCUAUAUUAAAUGUCCAGGGAGCUUGAGUUUGGGAAAAACCUCUAAGUUUAUGGAGGUUGUCACUAGAGGUAUGCCGUAGAGCAAUCAAAGAUAGUUAGUACCUUCUUGAUCUUAAAAACUGAACACCUAAGGAAUACCAAAGCGACUUUAAUCUAUGUGUAAGAAGUCUUGCGCCUUAAAUCAGGGAGCAAAAGAAUCUGGGCGAGUUAGUGGAGAGUUUUGGGGGGAUUCUGAUUCCUAAACAAAAUUCCAGAGUGGGAUUUAUCAGCAUCACUAAUUCUUGUCUGUAAUUCAUGCUGACACUCUUAAAACUGUGUAGAAGACUUCCCUACAAAUGCUGGAGGGAUCUGUGCUUUUUUCAGAUCUAAUUUGGCAGAUGGGGUGGUCAAAGGGAUGCUCUUCCUGGACAAGUUUUAAAAAAAAAAAUUGAUUUUUUUUUUUUUUUUUGUUAUGAGUUUUAGUGGAUUUUUAUCACUGUGUUACUGACUCAUUAAACUUACCUUAAGAAGAUGACAAGGAUUUUUUUUUUCUGAAUUCAGAAAAAGUGUAAACUCAUCUGAAUCCUAUUAGGCACAAAUGUUCCUGGUUUUUUGGUGGUUUUUUUUUUAGCUGCAUCCAUAGAACUAGAUCUGACAAAGCAAAAAGUUCCAACUUUUUGCAUUCAAGUGUAUUGUUACAGCUCUACAGAGAAUCCCCUAGAGUAAUCUGUCUGUGCAGAAUUACUUCUCUAGUAAGCACAAGCUAGCUGAUACUGAAUUAAUGCCAGACUAUCCAUGAAGUUCUGACGAAAGCUUGAAGGCCUCAGUGGUACAUAAGCAGAGCUUGGGAGGUUCUCUAAAAUAAUGUUUACAUUUCCUGUUUUAUGAGAGCUUAAUGCCUGUCGAUUGGUUUAAAGGGAGAGGCGGGGGAUAGCUGCUGAAGUCACCUUGUUCCAGUAGCUGGUUUCGAGGAGGUGGAAUACAUCUAUGUGUUCUUAACUUCUUGUGGUAACAUUUGAAGGUGCUUUUGGUGUAUUUUGUCAUACGUGCUUUUUAGAAAGCAUCUGGUAGAGGGUGUUUAAAAUACAGCUGGUCACUUCAGUGUACUGACUUGUUUAAGGAGGAGUAGAAGGUUUUAAUUCUUCUGAGGUUUCCCAUAUUGAGGAUUGGGGGGAAAAUGGCUGUUCUGAAAUUGUUUAGAAAUCCAGAAACUUUCUGGUCAAACUACAAAUGAAGUCUGACCCAUUUUUGGAUAUAACUUGAGUAGUUAUCUGGUCAGAGAUCUACACUUAUUUCAAGAAUAAAUGUUUCAGAUAGUGGCAUGUUAUACUCAGGACACCGUAGGAACACAUGCAAGACUACCCAGAGCUGUCUACUAUAAUAACUUGGUGGCACUGUGCUUUAAUGGUUUGUAUCAGCUGUUAAAAUUUCUUAUACAGUAGUCAAGACUAAGCAUACACUUAUUUCUGAAUGGGUUUAUGCUUUUCUUUACUUGAAUGCUUGGUGAAGAAUAUGAUUUAUGAAAGAUUAAGCCAGGUUACCAGUUCAGUCCAGGAAUGGUGCUGAUGCCUGAUAAAUUACUCAAAGCAUUGUCUUAGUCUAAGUACACUGUUAAAGUGCACAUAAAGUCUUUUGGACUGAAUUGUCUUGCUCUAGGCAAGACAGGUAUAUGAAGAUGCUACAUUUAACUUUGAUCCAUGUCCUGAAUACUUGAACUCAAAUAGGCAAGGCAGGAUUUGCAGGAAGAAGUAGCAGUAUUAGACCAGCUGCUGUAACUGUAUCCAAAAUUGUUUUGUCCCCGUUUCCUGUUUAGUCUUAAAUCAUCACAGCAGCAAUAGCAGCUUUCCUAGCAGUCUCAAAGAUGCAUAUGGAGUUCAUGUGCUUCAGCUGGCUGAAAUUAAUUUGGUGUUCCCGUAGAAAUGCAAAACAGUGUCUCUUGCUUGUAUAUUAGAAGUUUCCCUCAGAGUUAAUUCUCACAAGUCUUUUCCUUUGUCUGGAGUCUUUUAUCUUUUACUCCUGAUAAUUACAAACCUGCUUUAUAUCUUCAUAUCUAGAACUUAAUUUAGGGCAUGAGUCUUUCUAAGAAAGAGUGAACUUACAGUUCUGUUUCUUUGAUUAAUUUGACCACAUUAAAUUUUUUAUGUGGUUUCUCAACUUUGAGAUAUGAAGUUUAGAAAUGAUUGUAUCUUUGGAGGGAACAGUUGGCUUUUGUUUCAGUUCAGUAGCAUAAGAACUCUUAAAUAUUUUUGUUAUUAGCACUGUGAGUUAUUUGUGCCAUCUUAAUUGAAAGCGAGUGAAGGAUGCAUAUGCCUCUCCCCAAGAUUUGCUGUGUUUUACUGCUUCAGUGGCACAUGGGAGAGCUUCUUCAGAGAACUUUUGAGCCACUGCUAAUUUGAAAAUUCAAGUUGGCAUGUCUAUGGUCUUUUGCAACGUUCUGAUAAGAAAUACGAUGAAGCCAUCAAGUGUUACCGGAAUGCACUCAAACUAGAUAAGGAUAAUCUACAGAUCUUGAGAGAUCUCUCUUUGUUGCAGAUUCAGAUGAGAGAUUUAGAAGGAUAUAGAGAGACAAGAUACCAGCUACUUCAGCUACGCCCCACACAACGGGCUUCCUGGAUCGGAUAUGCCAUUGCAUACCACUUACUAAAAGAUUAUGAUAUGGCCUUAAAACUACUUGAAGAGUUUAGGAAAACCCAACAGAUUCCUCCUAACAAAAUAGAUUAUGAAUAUAGUGAACUGAUUUUAUAUCAAAAUCAAGUGAUGAGAGAGGCAGAUCUAUUUCAGGAAUCUUUAGAACAUAUAGAGACAUAUGAAAAGCAAAUAUGUGAUAAAUUAAUAGUAGAAGAAAUCAAAGGAGAGAUGUUACUGAAGUUGGGAAGACUGAAAGAAGCUGGUGAAGUAUACAAAGAGUUAAUUGAGCGCAAUGCAGAAAACUGGCAUUAUUAUGAAGGCUUGGAAAAGGCCCUACAACCUAGCACUUUAGAAGAGAGGCUUCAGAUUUAUGAAGAAGUUAGUAAAAGACAUCCCAGAGCAGUUUCACCUAGAAGAUUACCUUUAAACUUUGUUUCAGGUGAAAAAUUUAGAGAACUAAUGGAUAAGUUCCUGAGGGUUAACUUCAGUAAAGGCUGCCCACCCUUGUUUACCACUUUGAAAUCUUUAUAUUACAAUCCAGAAAAGGUUUCUACAAUCCAAGAACUUGUUACUGGUUAUGAAGCCUCUUUGAAAACUUGUGACCUUUUUAGUACAUGUGAAAACGGAGAGAAAGAGCCCCCAACGACACUGCUUUGGGUUCGAUAUUUCCUGGCACAGCACUUUGACAAACUUGGCCAGUGUUCUUUGGCCUUGGAUUACAUUAAUGCUGCAAUUGCAAGCACUCCAACAUUAAUAGAACUAUUCUAUUUAAAAGCAAAAAUUUACAAGCAUGUAGGUAACCUCAAGGAAGCUGCCAAAUGGAUGGAUGAAGCACAGUCUUUGGAUACUGCGGACAGAUUUAUCAAUUCUAAAUGUGCUAAAUACAUGCUGCGAGCUAAUAUGGUGAAGGAUGCAGAGGAGAUGUGCUCUAAAUUCACGAGGGAAGGAACUUCUGCUAUGGAAAACCUAAAUGAGAUGCAGUGUAUGUGGUUCCAGACUGAAUGUGCUGCAGCUUAUCAAAGGCUAGGGAAGUAUGGCGAUGCCUUGAAAAAGUGCCACGAAGUAGAAAGGCAUUUUUUUGAGAUAACAGAUGACCAAUUUGACUUCCACACAUACUGCAUGAGAAAGAUGACUCUUCGUGCCUACGUAGAUCUUUUGAGAUUAGAGGAUGUGCUCAGGAAACAUGCCUUCUACUUCAAGGCUGCUCGAUCAGCGAUUGAAAUCUACUUGAAGCUCCACGAUAAUCCUCUUACCAAUGAAAGCAAAGAACAAGAAGUGAAUUCAGAAAAUCUCUCAGCCAAAGAACUGAAGAAAAUGCUUAGCAAGCAAAGGAGAGCACAGAAGAAAGCAAAACUUGAAGAGGAAAGAAAACAUGCAGAAAGAGAGCGACAACAAAAGAAUCAAAAGAAAAAGCGAGAUGAAGAGGAGGAGGAAACUAGUGGACCCAGGGAAGAGCUAGUUCCUGAAAAACUGGAAAGGGUAGAAAAUCCAUUGGAAGAAGCCAUUAAGUUCCUUAUACCACUUAAGAAUCUUAUUGGAGAUGACAUAGAAACACAUUUAUUAGCAUUUGAAAUAUACUUUAGAAAAGGAAAGUUUCUGUUAAUGUUACAGUCUGUCAAAAGAGCUUUUGCUAUCAACAGUAAUAACCCAUGGCUACAUGAGUGCUUGAUUAAAUUCUCUAAAGCUGGUAUGUGCGUAGGAAUAUCUGACCACAGUAACCUCCCAGAAAUUGUGAGCAAGGUCCUAACUCAAGAAAUGCAGAAAAUCUUUGUUAAUAAAAACUUGGAAAAUUUUAAUGAAGAAUUUCUCAAACACAAUGCUACCUCCAUUCAGCACCAACUGUCAGGUGCAAAGAUGAUGUAUUUCCUGGACAAAUCAAGACAAGAGAAAGCAAUUGCUGUUGCUACUAGAUUGGAUAAAAACAUGAGAGACAAAAAUGUGAAGACAUUAACAAAGGUUUUUGAGGCACUGCUUGAUGGUAGUUUUGGAAGCUGCCACACUCAGUGUGAAGAAUAUCAAGCAGCAUGUCAUAAACUGUUUCCUUUUACGUCUGCCUUUAUGCCUGCCACAAAUGAGGACGAUAGCAGCAUUGCAUCUGUGAAUCAUACAGCCAUUAACCAUGAUUUGCUGUCUAAUGAAAUUUGAAGUAGUGUGUGCAAGCCCGUGUGUGUGUGUAUACCUACAUGCACACAUGUAUACAAAACUCUGACUCUCAUUACAUGCUGGCUGGAUACAGAUCAGGGUUGCUCUUCCGGGUUGUAUUUUAAUAUCUUUAACAGGUAAAAAAACAAAAUAUUUGGAUAGUUAUAUGAAAUGGAGUAUGCUAUUAGUUUUUUUUUUUCCUCCCAACAAAAACUGCCAAUAUUUAUGUAAACAUUAUCCUUAAUCAGCAUUUUUCAUGUUUAUACUUGUACAGUUUUAAGUCUUUUAAUAAUCCAUCAGCCCUCCCUCACAAAAAAUAUGGAUAUUAAAGACUGCUUUCACGUAAGUGUUGUUACAGAUAAAUGUGAUCAUAUCUUGUUAAUAAAUUAUCAUUUGAGCUUUUUUAGCAGAUUAAGACUGAAGUGCUGCUUGAAUUACCCUCUUCGUCUUCUACUGUUCUUUAGGUUUUUUCUGGGUUUGUUGGUUUUUUGUUUUUUGGGUUUUUUUGUUUGUUUUCUUGGUUUUUUGUUUUGUUUUGUUUUUUUGUUUUUUUUUAAUUUUAUUUUUAUUUUUGGUCAGUUUGAUUUCCUUUGAAGCACAAUGGCAAUGAAAGCAUUGGGGGUUUGCAUGUUUUUGUCAGGUGUGUGUCUUAUAUGGAACCAGUGUUGAUGGAUAUGAAGAUUAAGUUUGUGUUAAAAAAAAACAAAAAAAAAAAAACAAAAACAAAAAAACACUAAGGCUUUUUGAAAACUAUUCUAUCUACCUUGUGUUCCAUAGCUAUUGUUUCCUUAAGUUUAUGGUCAGUUUAACAUUUUUGAGUAUCCUGAAGCAAUUUCCUGAGAAAACAUAAUGAAUUUGAUACUGUUUUUUGUCCUUUGUUCCAUCUUCCCCUUCCUCUUUUUCCUUCUGGUUUCUCCCUAUCUGUUCACCUAUUGACACUUAAGUUGAAAAAGCUGCUCCAAUUUUGGGCAAAUGCAGAAGGUACAGUAAUGGGGAAUACAGUCCUUCUCUACAUCAUAAAAAUUCACUGGUAAGUUUACUGUAUUACCUCCAUUAAAAGUCUUAGUUGUCCACAUAUGGCCAAUACUCCAGUACUUCUCAUGCCUAAAUACUAUUGCUUUAGGUGCUGCAAAGCAAAUGGUAUGUGAGGAGUAUGUUUUACACUUAAAAACUAUUUAAGGGAGCACAAAGAGGCUGACUACAAAUCAUAAUGAACCUUUUUCUUACUUUGUAUUCUGGUGCAUUAACUAUUAAGUAUACAACACAUCAAAAUGGAAGUCUGAAUCUAAUAUACCUAUUUAAAGCAUAGUAUUGCUGGACAAAAUGGCUACAUAUGACAGCUUUACAUUCUAUAAGAACUGCUAUCAAAACAUAACUAUACUGUGGCUUGUACAGAAAAUCUGUUUUCUGGAAACUGUAAUGGAAUCAUUCAAUCUUGGUUUGUUUUUAUUUCACUGCAAUGUAAAUAAUUUCAGUAAUAUUAACUAGCCCCUCAAAGGCAAAUACAAGUUCAUGAAGAGGGGAUUUUAUUAAGACAAAUAAACUGUUCUAAUUAAAAUUCUCCUUUGUGUGUCAUCUGUUUAGAUUCAAAAUUGUUGAAUGGAAAACUCACUGUAAAAUAUUGCCAACAUAUGUUAUGCUGUAAUAAAUUAUUUUGUACACACUU